AUGAAUGCAGAAAAAAUAUUGAAAAACAAGUCAACUUAUUAUAACUUGACUCAAGAGUUUAAUCUUUCUGAUACUUUGACUAAUUUAAUAAAAGAAGAGCUUGAAAUAAAUAGUGAUUCAAGUGAAUUAUUUAAUGUCAAUUGUUAUAAUAACUUAAAGACGUUGGAUAAUUUACCAGCACAGGAUGUUAAUAAUGAAAGAUUAACAUGUACAGAGUUGAAGCCAAUUGAUUUUAACGUAUCGUCAUGCUUUAAAUCAUCGCCGAUAAAAAUAUCGGCUACAAAAAAUUUAAAAAAUGUCAACGGUAAGACAAAUCCAAGGAGACUUGGUUAUUCUAAAAAACGUAGAAGUAGAAAUAUUAACAAACGAAACUUGACAGCAAAUGAAUUUCUAAAACAAGGUGCUGAUGCUGAUCAUCAUACAAUUGUUGAAAGUAAUUUUGACAAUGAAAGUAAAGAAAUAAAAACCGUAAGUAAGUUGAUUAGUAACGUUGAAAAUAAAAAUAUUCUUUCUGAACCAAUGAUUCUAGAAAAAGAUAAUCAAAGGAUUGUUGAUGAUAGUCUUUAUAAUUUAAAUUAUAGUAUAAGUUUAAAAAAGUCUAGUAAUAAUGUCGAAAAAGAAAUUGAUAUUGAUAAGGAUUGUAAUAAAAUGCAAAAUGGAAAAAUUUUAUCAACAUCAAUGAUUCAUGAAACUUGUGAUGAAUCAAUUUUAAAAACUAGCAAUUAUUCUGAAAAUAUUGAAGAUAUUCAAAGGUAUAUUGAACAAACACAAGAUAAGAAUAAAAUUUCAACGCCAGUUCAAGAGAAAAAUAACGAAACAAUUGCUGUGGAGAAUUUUAACAACUUAGAUCAAGAAUUUAUUAUUGAAGAAGAAUUUGUUAUAGAUGAUCAGCCCGUGUGUGAUGUAAGAAAUGAAAAUAUGAUUCUAACAUCAAUGAAUUCAGAAGAGAACAAUGAACCAAUGGUUGUUGAUAGUCCUGGUGGUUUGGAUAAAGAAACUGUUAUCAAAGAAAAAUUUACUAUAAAUAAUAAUAAAUCUAUUUGUAAUUUAAAAGAGACAAACAUAGUUAUGGCGCCAAUCACUUCAGAGGAAAAUUAUAAAGCUGCUGUUGAUACUGCUCAUAUUUUAGAUCACAAGACUAAUACUCAAGAAGAAUUUAUAAUUGAUAAUAAGCCCAUUUGUGAUUUAAAGGAGAAUAAUAUGGUAUCUAUACCAAUGGCUGUAAAGGAAAAUUAUGAAACUGCUGGUAAAAAUAUUGAUCGUUCAGAACAAAAGACUGAUAUUGAAAAAAAAUUAAUUAUAAAUAGUAAUAAAUCCAUGAAUGAUUUAAAGGAAAAAAGUAUGGUCCUUGCACAAAUGGUUUUAAAGGAAAAUGAUAACUCAGAUGGUGAAACUGUCAUCGAAGAAGAAUUUACCAUCGAUAAUAAUCCUAUUUGUGAUGAAAAGAAUAAUAAUAUGAUCCCUAUACCAAUGACUGUAGAAGAAAAUUAUAAAACUGCUGGCGACAGCAAUAUUAACAAUGUUGAUAAUUUAGAUCAACAAACUAAUAUUGAAAAAAAAUUGAUUAUAAAUAAUAAUGAAUCCAUUUGUGAUUUAAAGAAGAAUAAUAUGGCCUCUAUACCAAUGACUGUAGAGAAAAAUAUUGAUAAUUCAGAUCAGGAGACUGUAAAUGAAAAACAAUUGGUUAUAAACAAUAAUAAACCCAUAAGUGAUUCAAAGGAUGAGAAUGUAGUGGCUGCAUCAAUGAUUCUAGAGAAAAACUUUAAAACUGCUAUUGAUAGCACAAUUUCAAUGUCAACGGUUCACGAGAAAAAUGUAGAAGAAACUGAUUUUGAUAAUUCAGAUCAAGAAACUGUUAUCGAAGAAGAAUUUACAAUCGAUAAUGAUCCCAUUUGUGAUAGAAAGAAGAAUAAUAAGGUCUCUAUAUCAAUGAGUGUAGAGGAAAAUUAUGAGACUACUGGUGACAAUGAUGACAAUUCAGAUCAAGAGACUGAUAUUAAUCAAGAAUUGGUUAUAAAUAAUAAUAAACUUACGAGUAAUACAAAGGAUGAAAAGGUGGUCUCUGCAUCAAUAGUUUUAGAAAAAACUUGUGAAACUUCUGUUGAUAGCACAAGUUCAAUGCCAAUGGCCCAGGAGAACAAUGUAGAAGAAACUGCUGUUGAAGAUUUUGAUAAUUCAGAUCAAGAAUUUAUUAUUGAAGAAGAAUUUACUAUAGAAGAAACCCCUAUUUUUUGUGAUUUACAGUAUGAACAUAAGGUUUCAACAUCAAUGACCCCAGAAGAAAAUCAUGAAAUGACAUCUGGUAAUGAUGUUGGCAGUUCAGAUCAAGAAAUUAUUAUUGAAGAAGAAAUUGUUAUAAACGAUUUCAAUGAUGAUGUUCAAAGUGAGAAUAGUGUUUCAAUACCAGCAGCUGUUGACAAUGCUUACAAUUCAGGACAAGAAUCUUUUAGUAACAAGUCUGAUGAUUUACAAAACGAAGAUAUUCUGCCAGCGCUACUUAACUUCAUGGAUAAUAAUUCUAUAACUGUUCUUGAUAAUACUGAUUGUUUAGACACAGAAAAAGAUUUGAAUAAAUUUAUUGAUGAAGUAUCAAGUGAAAAUAUUUUUGCAAUACCAAUUACACCAGAAAAAAGUAAUCACGGUAGUUCUGAAAAGAGUGAUCAUGUCUUCAUUACUCCUGUAAAAAGAUUAAAUAAGAAUUCAAUUAAUGAUUUAACACCUUUAAGUCUAGAAGGACUUAAUUCUGAUGACGAAUAUGACAAAUUGUGCAAUGAAAAAUUUCUUAAUCCUUCUCAUAAUUUCCAGCAAAGAUCAAUUCGUUCUGACAGUGAAUAUGAACGCAUGUGUGAAGUGAUACCAAAUAAUAGUAUGGAAGAAGCAAAAUUCAAUUAUGAAACUAGUGAUCUAUUAAAUUUCAAUGAUAUUGAUCAAUCAACUAACGAUAAGUUAGCUGAUUUACUGAAACCGCUGGAAACUAAUUCUCGUAGUGGAAAAAAUCAAGAUUAUAUGAUAACAAUAGAUCCAUUGAUUGAUCAUUCAACUUCGGGCGGUUCUUUAAGUGAUAUCUCGGAUGAAAGUGAUUUGGGUAUUGAAGUUAAAAGUAGACAUAUUAAAAAAAUGAUUAAGAAAAAUGCUGAGCGAAAGAAAUUUUUUAAAAUACAAAAGAAAUCUCAUAGUGCACAAAGUAGCAAUUCAGUAGUUGAAAAUGAAGACAAAUGCACUGAAGAAACUAGGUAUAGAACGAGAAGAAAACGGUUGAGAAGUAAUGGAUCAAUCAACUAUAAUGAAGAUACGGGAGAUAGUUUAGAUGAUAAUUUACGAAAGAAAGUAAAUAAGCCUAAGGUAAAACGUACUAAGAAAUCAUACAGCAAUAUUGAAGGAAGAAGAAGUUCCAGGCUUUUAAAAAAAUCUACUAAUAAGGAAAAUAGUCAAGAUGGUAAAGGAGACUGUGUAAAUAAUGUAAAUAGUGUAAAUAAUGGUAAAAAACUUCCAGUUAUUAGAUUACGGCGCAUAAAUAGCUUAAAACCUCAAGAUUCUAAUAAUCAAGAGAACGGAGAGAUAUCUAAAAAAAAUCCUGAAAAUUAUGUAUGGGCGAUGAAUUUUGACGGUUCAUUUAAUGAAAAUGAUCAAAGUUCUUUCAAAGAUAAUCAAAUUUUGAAUUCAAAUGACAUGAUAGCAGAAGUGAAUGAAAGUGUUACCACGAAAUUUUUCAGUGAUGAGGAAAAUCAAAGAAGUUAUAAUCAAUUGACUAAUUUGUCACUUAUGAAUAUAGACGAUCAUUUAUCUGAAAAAUUAUUAACUAAUGACGUAGUUAAUACAAGAACCGAGUUAUUAGAUGGGAAAUCGAAUGACAAAAAUAGAGAGAAUAAUGAUGAAAAUACAACUAAUUUAGAUAGUUUAGCAAAAACAAAUUUGAAACUCGAGAAGGAAGAAAUAUUCAGCCCUAUUUCACGGGAACUUUUACAUAAAUCUAGUCCUUGUGAAAAAGAACCAAGUGUUGAGUUUGGGGAACAACCUUGUAAUGAAAUUCAAGAAAAUAUGGACGUCGGCCAGCCUGCUGAAGAAACGAUGACGGAAUGUAGAUUACAAGAUACGAGCUUUGUAGGAAGACAAAUUAAAAUAGGUGAAAAAAUGAAAGAAUAUCUUAACGAUACUUAUCAAUCGGACGUUGAUGGAAAUGUAGUAAGUUCGUCGACAGAGAAAUGCUGUACUGAAAAAUCACCUACUAAACUAAAAGUGCAUAAUAACUCAAAGAGUCCAAAUGUACCUACAUCGAGUAAUGACAAUAAAUUAAUAGAAUCUGAGUCUGAAUUAUCUGACGCUAAUAAUAAUCAUGACUCUGAUUUUUCUGAUCCAUCAUUUUGCAGAAUGAGUGAAAAAUCAAACGAUUCAGAAUCUACGAACCCGGAUGAGAUUGAUGGAAGCAAAAAAAAAUUAAUGAAAAAACUAAUGUUUUUAAAAGUAAAACUUGAACACAAGGUUCCAAAACAACAUCAACUUGAAAGAAAUACGGCGGAUCCAAUUACUCCAAAACUUAGGGCUGAAUUUCGUAAAUAUGCAGAACUACAAACAGGACAAUUUACAGCAGAAGAAAAUGAAAUUCUGCGAAGAAAUUGGGAUCGUUUUUGUGAGGUUCAUAAGUUAGAUCCAAGUUGUGUAACACUGCUGUUACAAAAAUAUGAUCCUGCUAAAUCAUUAAUCGGUUACAUGAAAGAUAGAACUAAACUCUUGCAAUUUUUGGCUAGAGAUCUACCAAAUAGACUCUUGAAUAAAGUCUACAGACGUUUUAGAUAUUUAUACGCAGAAGGAGAAAAAAUAAAACAGAAGCCAAAUAUCCACCAGUUUUUGGUCAAAGAGGAUAGAAUGAUUAUGAAUUAUAUGAAUGAUGAAGAUAAACCAGAUGAUGAGAAAAAUUUGAAUAAAUUGUCAAAAUUGUUGAAACGACCGGAGUCAAUAGUAUUUGAGCGUUACAAUACACUAAAGAAUGGACAAAAUGCAUUUAUUGGGGAAAGAAAGAAAUAUAAUGAAUGGGACAUAUUAAGAGCCGAGAAGUUUAUAAAAGAGUUUAUGGAUUUAACUUUAACUGAAGACAUUGAGGAGCUGAGAUACGCCAGAAUUCCACAUUGUAUAUGGAUCGAAAUGGAAAAAAAAUUAAAGCUUCCCAAACUCAAGUUAAAAAAGUUUUGGUUUCAUCAGCUUCAUGUGCAACUAUUCAAUUCCAAGCCUAUUUUUUCUAGCGAUUUAAAGAUUAUGUUGAUUGAAUAUUUAUAUGUCAAAGGUAUUUCUAGUAGAGAUCAGAUUGAUUGGUCAGUUGUUGCCGAACACUUUGAUAAUUAUAUAACAUCGGAAUCUCUAACAAAAAUAUUUACUAUAUUGCUUAGUAGAGUACCGAUCAAAGAUGAAGAAAAAAAUUUACUAGAUUGUAUUGAGUGGAUGUAUGAAAACAAAAUUCCUGAAAUAACAGAAGCUAGAUACGACUAUCAAUUGCCACGAUUAGCUUAUAAAGAUGGAAAAUUAGAAAUUAUCGAUGAUUAUUGUAAUGGAAAUGGCUCAGAACUCUCAUCAGAUUGA